AUGGCGUUUCGUGUGUUCCUCCUUGGUUUUCUUUUGACCUCCGGUGCUGCCCCUGUUGGUUUAAAGGAUGUACAGCGAGCCAAGACCAAAAAGCCAGGUGCUGACUACAGAGGUCACAGCCAGGUGGCGAUGAGUAAAAAGCUGAACGAUCACCUGAUCCGGGCUGAGAGUUCUUCCUCUCGAACGUUGCCAUGUGAGAAAUGGUCCCUGUCCGAGCUGCAGAGCUUCAUGGCCAUGGUGGCUGAGCACCGCAGCCAUGAGCUGCAGCUCAUUUACAAGUCCACCAUGGAUCGUCGAAGUAUACGUUCAGAGUCCUUGCCAGAGUUCCGAUCCCAGUGGCAGAGAUUCAAUCAACUGGUGAACAAGCAUCCUCAUUUACAUGCACCUCAGAAGGAGGCUCAUUGCAGAGAGGCGGUGAUGUGGUGGGUGCAUCACUUAGCUGAGGAGAAACGGCAAGAGCUCCGUUCCCGGCCCAACUUUUCUGUGCCGCUGCUUCCAGAGGGAGCAAAGAAACCCUGCGGCCAGCUGAAUAGCGAUGGGGGUGUGGCCAUUGACAAUGGCAUGCUUGCAGAAUCUGCAUCAGAUGCAGAAGAGCUUUGCGCCAAAGUCAACGAGGAUUGGUGUCACUCCACCCAGGCAGACCAUGACAAGGGCGUGCCAGGCACCUCAGUGCCCGAUGGGUUGAAGAAGUUCACCGGGCCGGACGAUGGCAACCCGCAGGGCUGGAACCGAACGCGGCGCUGCGAUCAGGAUCAGAUGCCGCGGUGCCAACUUUGUGAGGGCAUUGGGGGCAUGGCAUACGGCGAUCCCAAUGACGACAUCAUCAUCACGACGCUUGCUGAAGUGUGGUGGCCCUUGUACCCGAAGCAGUUCACCAUCAAGCGCAAGGAUGGAAAGCAGGGUGGCUAUUCCGACACUUUGAUCGGAACCUUGGUGCAGCUUGUUUCUUCUAGCUUGGAAGAGGGAAAUGGAGCACAACCUGAUGGUGUGAGGUUGAUGGGUUCCGGUUGGUUCAGACGUAUUGAGAUUGAGUGGUGCACAGCCAGCAGGGCAGGCUUAGCAUGCGGGGGGGCACAGAGCGCUGUGAUGCUGUCAAAGCUCCAGGCUCCCAUGGCCUCGGCUGCGCCGAGACGGCCUGCUGGCAGUAGGGUGGCAACCCAACAAAGGGCUGAGUCCCUGAAGGAGGCUGCGCCUCAAGAAGGAACGCUUCCUUCUCCAAUGGCGGCAGCGCCGCACCCGCAAGAGGACUUUCGACGUCAUGGUCGUGGCCCCGGAUCGACGCACUCCGAGCCGAUAGGUGGCAGAGGAAAAUCCACUGGGAAAGGCCAGAUGCAUGCCCAGCCCAUUCCUGGUCAGGGAUGGUUCACAGAUGGGCGCCAGUGGUGGCCAGUGGACCCUGCAAUGAUGAUGGCUUCAUGGUCGUCAACGCCCUACUCAUCAUGGAGUUUCCUGAGCCAACAGACUCAGAAACCAAAGGAGGAGCCUCCCGAGGAAGAUCCGCCCGACUGGGGCGACGGAGACGAUGGGGAAGACCCAGAUGGGUCGGAUUACACCUAUGAAGAAGAGAGCGAGGAGGAGGAACUCCAAGAGCCAGACCAGGAGGUCGAAGUCACACCUCGGUCUGCGGUCAAUCUGACACCGAGGAGCGCAGAAGGUGGAGGAGCCGGGCCGCGACCCGAACAGGCCAGGCAGCGACCUGGACCCAAGCGACGCGCGGCGGCGCACAGGGUGCAUCAGGCGGCAGCAGAUCCGCCUAACAGACGCAGACGUGGUGGAGCACCACCGGAUGGCAGCGGCCCUCCAUCCACAGCUGGUUCGGGUGCACCUUCAAGCCGAAGAUCAUCGACGAUGAACACGGAUUCAGUUCGAGACCUACUGCAUCAGCGAGACAACCGCCCUGAUGGAAGGGCCAGGGCAAACCUGGGCCAAGUGAGACUGGAGACGUUCUCCGGAGACAGGUCCCAGUACCGCAACUGGAUGAAGACGAUACAGGCUCAGAAACAACUGUAUCAAAUCCAGGACAACGAGCUGGCGGUGCUGAUGUUUUUGAGCACGACAGGAGAAGCUCGGGAGGUCUUGAAUCAGCUGGAGGUGGCCGACAUGCAGCAGGAGGGAGGCCUUCAAAGGCUAUUGAGACUCCUUGAGGAGGCUUAUGGGAGUAAGGCGGAUGAGAGAUUUGAGGAGAGGCAGUCCGCUUUCCUCAAUUACCGCCGCUCUCCUGGCCAAAGCAUAGCUGCCUAUCUAGCAACGCUCAAGCGUUUGCGCACCGAGUACUUGCGCGAGGACACAGGCACAGUCAUAUCUGACCGCGCAUUUGCGCAGCGGAUGCUGACCAGAGCUGCACUGACACGCAAGGAAAGGUACGACUGCUUCUUUGCGGCGGGCGGUUCUUACCGCUCGGCCCCAGUAGAGAAGGUCUUGAGGUUCCGGUGUGCGCAGAUCCACCUGGACGAACACCCGUCGAGCCGACGGCAGGAAGACCGCGCCGGUCGGGCUGUGCAGCGCCAGCCGCAGAGGAAGAAGGUCUACAAGAGAUCAGACCGCCGAGGUCCCUACAGGCCUACGAGACAUACCCAUGUGGUGGACGAGCAAGAAGAUGAGGGGUAUGACUAUGAGGAGGCCUACAACGACACGGACGACGAGGACUUCGAGCAGGAGGCACUCAUGGCAGAGGAGGACAUGCCCGAAGAGGAGGAUUGGUCACAGGAAGAGUUCGACGAUGAAGAGCUCGAUGAUGUGGACCAAGCGGCCCUCCAGGAAGCCUUUGCAGCUGGAUGGAAGGCAAAGAACAAGACUGCAGCAGCCAGGCAGUCAAGAGGAUACAAAGGCGAUGGAAAGCCUUCGAAGGGCAAAGGAAAGGGCAGGCGUCCAGACUCUCGCAACCCGGAAGAAAGGAAGAAGAACUCGACCUGUGCAUCGUGUGGGCAGAAGGGUCACUGCAGAGGAGACAGUGUCUGCCCAAAUGUCAGGUCUGGAAAGGAUGCACCACAUCGCAAGGAGAACUCCACCAACUACACCACCGGCAGGUCCAAUCGAGGCAGCGCCUCAAGUGCCGCUGGAGGGGCCCGCGAGCCCCCACAAGAUGUCCGAGAACGAGAUGAUCGAGAACCUCUGCAGAGGAAGCUGCACCCAAGCGGGUUGAAGAGCACUGGGAAGGCUGCGCCCCCAGAACCUCCUUCACCUCCCCGGAGAGGAGCAAUCGACAAGUCUCCAGCAGACACCUUUGUGGUCCCGAGAGCACCACGGGAACCUCCACCACCAAGGAGACAGCCGCCGGAGCCAGAUCACCCCCCUCCAGGUAGGAGGAGACCUGUGGAAGCAGCCUCACCUCCGAGGCGUGAACCCGAGUUGGAACCCAAGGCGGAGAACUCUCCAGAGAAGCCCAAGCCGAAGAGAAGAAAGCAUUCGGCAGGGGAAGAUCGAACGAGAAGAUCAACUGGAGAGGAACGAGACAAGAAUCGAGACAGAGAUCGUGAUCGUGGUCGACGUCGUCGCCGACAGGAGGAGGAGCAAGCGGCUGCAGCCGGCACAGAAGAACCUCGUGCGGCAGCUGCCAACGAGGAGGCCUUUGUCUCGCAGCCAUCAUCAGGUGUCACAGCGCGGCAGUGCAACUGGACACUGAUGGUUGGCUCAUGGGAUGUGAUCAAAGACUAUAACUCUGAGGCAGAGGAGACGGUCUCAUCUCAUUCGGACACAAGCGACAGCGAGAUUGACGAGUACGUCAAGAAGUAUCAGCUGCAUGACCCACCAGCGAUGAAGAAAACCACCAAGGAAAAGCUGAAGGUCAAGCUGCUGACAGUUUUGAAAUCCCUGGCAGAGGACGAGGAGGAUGCCGAAGUGAAGAAGCGAUUGAAGCGCAAAGAGAAGCGCCUGCAGGACAAGGCGGCAGCUCGAGCCACUGGCUCCCAGGCUUCUGGAUCAGAGGCACCCAAGAAGUCAAGAGCCAAGAAGGAGACCCCGGAUCCGAAGUUGGAUGAGGAUAUGGGCCUAUCUACAGCGGAUUUGCUCCAGCUCCUGCCGCACAUGAGCAAGGAGGAGAAAAAGAUCCUCUACCGCCAGUUGAAGAGGGAACGUGAAGACGAGGCGGUGAAGCUCUUCGGGAAGAACGCGGCCUCAAGCACCCCAACAAUGAUGAAGAGGCCGGAUCGCCGCCGCGAUGGGUACUCGGCUGCGUCCGUACCUUCUGGAACAGUGGGCCGCGGCCUAAGAAAGGAGGACGUGCAGGAGCCUCCGGACAUGGAAGCCACGAUGCCCGUUGGAGUUCGGAAGAAGCGCAUGGACCAGUUCAGGAAGGAGCUCUACGAGGCGGCGAAGAACAGAAAAGGGCGCGUGGUACCAUCUGAGGCGUCGGACUUGCCGACAGCUGAACAGGAAAAUUGCCCUCACCCUUUUGAACGACUGUUGUGGGGAGCAAACUCGAAUGCCCAAUGGGCAAGCUGCCGAGACUGCAAGCUUCGAAAGGUGCUGUACUAUUCGGCUAUGCAUGGCGCAAUGGCAGUGGACCAGACUAUGCCGGACAUCCUGGAGGAGGACAAUGGAGCGUACCACUCCAACAUCCUGGCCCCUGGCCAUGUCAUUCUGGACACAGGGUGCAGAACAGCAGUGGCCGGUCGAAACUGGCACAACAACCUCCAGGAGCUCAUGCGCCAGAAAGGGAUGCCUUUCUACAAGGCAUACCAUGAAGAGGCGUUCAUCUAUGCCAUCCAGAUCUAUGACCACAGAUCGUGGGUUCGCAUUGCCGUCGUGGAUAACACUCCGGAGGAUGGCAGGGUGGCAGAAUGCCCUGGAUUGGUGGGCCCGGCAGAGCUGGCCAGAUGGAAAGUCCAGAUCGACUUUGCCAAGCUCCAAGUUGCCAUCCAUGGCAAGUGGCAGCCAACAGUUUUGAGUCCUUCGCGACACCCCAUUUUGAACUUGCUCAACGUGGGCAACCGUCCAGAUCCUGUUCAAUGGGAGGUUGGCGAGCUCAGGGAGCUGAGGCAGCGCCUCGCGGCAGAUCCACAUUCAUUUGCCCUCCUGCAGGAGGCACUUGAUGAGCUGAGCUCUGAUGCCGGCAGCGCCGGGGACGAAGCACCAAACUAUGAGGCUGUGCAUUGGACGGCACAGCAGCUGGAUUCGAUGGCCAAAUGGCAACAAGACACCGAGUCGGAGGCCAUCAAUCUGUUGGACGUCAUCGGCACGGAAUGCUUCCGGGUCACCACAGGUGGGGAGCGUGACGAUAGCUCCACUGGAUCAAUCAGCGAGAGAGAGAGUGAAACCUCUCAUGAAGGUGGACUUCCAAUGGUCUUGGAUAGCAGUGCAGAGGAGUCCACGAGUUCAGAGGAGGAGCUGCCCGAUGAUGUGAUGAUGGCCGGCAGCGCCGGUGACACAGAACAGCUGACCAAAGGUCAGAAGAGGAGGCUGCUUUCAGCCACCAAGCAGGUGAGCGAAGCGGUUGAGGUCGAGUGCGAUCGACGCCGCAAGGAAAAGGAAGUUCCACGCUUUCGACGUCUGAGGACAGGGCUGAAGAUCAUGGAGAUCUUCACUUGGAGCUGCAUGCUGUCAAGGUUCGCCUAUGGUCUGGGAUGGGAGUACCUAGAACCAGUCACACUCCCUGGCUGGGAUCUGACAGAUCCUCGCAUUCAACUGGAAGCCCAUGACUACAUCGACAAGGUGGACCCCGAUUUUGUCAUGUUGGCAUGGCCCUGCGGGCCCUGGUCGCUGCUCCAAAAUCUGAACAGUAAAACGUGGACGCAGCGCGAAGCAUUGCAGCACAAGAGAGAGACAUCGAGGAAGCUCCUCAAGUUCUCUGCACAGGUGUCUCUCAAACGACAGAAGCGUGGCCGCGCCACCUUGGGAGAAAACCCGCUCACAAGCUUGGCUUGGAAAGAAGACCCAAUCAUCGAUGGUUUUGGUGAUUUCCCGCAAGGGAUCUGCGAUCAGUGCCAGUAUGGCCUGAAACAUCCAGAAAAUCGGAUGCCUCUCAAGAAAGCCACAAGGUUCGUUGGACAGGAGGAGAUCGUGGCCGAGUUGAGGAAGAGAUGCCCAGGCAAUCAUGAGCAUUUCCCCAUCGAAGGUUCUGUCCGAACCAAGGAUGGCACCAUCUCCCUGUCAUCUUGGGCAGGUGGUUAUCCAGUCCCGCUGUGCCGAGCGAUCAUGACUGGGGUGAUCAACUAUAUCCACCGACCAGAUGGCAAGCAGGUCUACGUCUUGGAGGACCACGUGGCGGAAGAAUCCUAUCAGGAUGGUAUGGAUGCAAUCCGAGAAGAGGAGGAACAGAUCGCAGAAGAGCUGGCAGAGCCAGAAGAGGAUGAGCGGCGAGCUGUGCCGCGAGAGGUGCAAAAAGCUGUCGAGUUUGCACACCGACAGUUGGGUCACCCGAGCCGGGAUACCCUCGUGAGGAUGCUGCGCAUCUCUGGGGCAACUGAGGAGGCUAUCCGCCAUGCUCGGCGAUGGCGCUGCGAAGUUUGCAGCCAGCAGCAACCUCCAAAGCACCCCAUGGCUUCAACUCCCACUUUGAGGCCGUAUGGUUUCAAUCGCAAGAUCCACAUCGACAUCAAGUUCGUUUUUGAUAGCCGUGGCCGAAAGUACCCAUGCUUGAGCGCAGUUGAUUUGGGUACAACGUACCACAUGGCAGUGCUACUCAAAACACGACGGUCGGACUAUGUGGCCCAAAAAUUUCUGAGGCACUGGGUUCAGGUGUUUGGAGUGCCUGAACAUAUCACCCAUGAUCAGGGUGGAGAGUUCGAGCUCUCAUUCAUCCAGCUUUUGGAAGAGAUGGCAGUGCCCAGCACGGUGACAGGUGCUCAUGCAGGAUGGCAGCUGUCUGUGGGAGAACGCCAUGGUUCCAUCCUUGGCAAUAUGAUUACAGCGAUCACCACAGAGCACAACUCAGAGGGGUUCAGCGCCAUGAAGUUGGUGAUCUCAUCUGCAGUUGCCGCCAAGAACAUGACGGUGACCAAGGACGGAUUUACUCCAAAUCAACGCCUUUAUGGCGCCGAAAUCAAGUUCCCAAGUCUCACCGAAGACACCGCCAAGCCCACCUUUGCAGAGGCUCUGGAUGCGGAAUCGGAAUAUGCCAGAGCUCAUCGCAUGCGCAUUUGCGCAAGGUUGGCAUUGAUCCGCAUGGAUGUACAAGAGAAGUUGCGCAGGGCCAUCCUGCGUAAGCCUGCCCAUGAAGGAGAGGGACCAUUCAGUCCUGGAACCCAGAUCUACUUCUGGACACCAAGGAAGGCCGACAAGCGGUACAAACGUGGUGGACUUUGGCGGGGACCCGCGACUAUUCUCACGCGAGAAAGCAAAGAGCGCUACUUUGCAAGCUGGAGAGGCCGCGCCCUCCUUCUGGCAGCGCCCAACAUACGUUUGGCGACAAAGGAGGAGCUGGCACUUCGUGAGCCUGCGAAGGAGGACGCAGAUGAUUUGGGGGAGUUGCUGCGCGACCCUCACAGGGAGAAGACCUACAAGGACCAAACUCGCUUGAAACCACCUCCAAGGGUCGUCAAGCGAAAAGCUGAACCCGACACACCAGAAAGGAAAAGAGCCCGCAUGCUUCUGCGGGGAACCAAAUCAAUCCGCCAGAUCCUUCAGGACCGCUCGAACCUCAUGAGACAGUUCCGGAAGAGAAAGGCGGAGAAGCAGAUCGAAGACCAACCCGAGCCGAAGAGGGUAUCUCGACCAAAGAGGCCCAAGGCUCUCGAAGAUGGACAGGCAGCGCCUGAGGUGUCGCCUCUACCACCUCCACCCGAUCCACUGGCUGGAGAAGAGGAGGAGGCCAUGUCAGAGGCCUACACACCUGGAACACCAAUCAAUGAUGGCGAGCCGCCACAUAUCGAUACGGAUGAUGAAGGUUUGGAUGAGCCAUCCGCGGUUGAGGCCGAGCCUCCCACAGUCAGGGCACCGCACGAAGUUCCGGUGCCACCCAUGGAUGAUGAUGAGUGGGAGGCCGAGUUUCUCAAGAAGAUCCCAGGAGAGGAAAGGAGAAGGUUGGCUCUGGAUGACGUGCCAUUUUCCCUCAAGCGAAGGCACGAAGGAAUCGACGAUGCUCAGGCUGAUGAGGCCAUUAAGAGGCUGAGGGCCAAUUUCUGUGCACAGGUGGCCGCGACCACUGUGUUUGGCUCCCUUCAAAAUGAAUGGGUCUCAAGAUAUGAAGUGGACCUAUUGAAACAGCUGACAGGACUUCCAGUCACAGCAGCCAGGAUCCACAGAAGCCCAAGGAAAAGAUUUCAGAGACCCCCGAAGAUGAUAAGCCGUUCCAGGCUGAGCAUCCUCAUUGGGAAGAAUCCCGAGGACACCUUCAUCGUGAAUGAGACUGAAGAAGAAGUGCGCCACAAUCCCAGGCGCCGUGCCAGUUUUUACUGGAAAGGAAUGACCAUCUUCUACAAGACGCACAAGGAAGGUGAGACCGAGCCGGUCUACAUUCAGCUCCCUGAUGGUCUUUACAAGGCGGAUUUCAAGCCGCAUGAAGCCCAGGAGUUUGAAUCCUUGUGGACUGAGGAGAUCAAAGACCUGCUCACAUCGGAGGCCUUGAUCCUCAAACUCAAGAAAUGUGGGAAAGAGUUGGAUCCCACCUUUUUCGAUGAGAAGGAGCAGGCUGCCUUUGACAUCUCUGACAAGAAGGAGUGGUCGGAAUGGAUUAAGAAUGGUGUUGUGCAGCGCGUGACACCGGAGGAGGCAGAGAAGAUCCCGCGAGCCAACAUAUUCCGUGCACCACUGCGGAUGCUUUGCACAAACAAGCAAUCAAACCGGCUGCUGCCGUUGGUCGCCAAAUCCAGGUUGAUCGUCCCAGGACACCUGGACCCACAACUCGGCGAGUUCAGGACUGAUAGCCCUACGUGCCCGCAGGCUACAGUUCGGGCAGCAAAAGCGGUUGCAUCCGCACGGAAUUGGGGUGGCACAACAUUUGAUGUCACUACCGCAUUUUUGAGUGGCAAGAAUCUACAGAGGAAGGUCUACAUCAGGGCACCUCGUGAGGGAUUACCCUCUGUGGAGAAGUGGCCACCAAUUCAACCAGGUGAGCUUUUGCAGAUCCUCAAGUCCGCGUACGGAUUGACAGAAAGCCCACGAUUGUGGUACCUGGAGGCCCUUGAUCGUAUGAAGAAAACAGACCUCCAGGAGCUUGAGAUCUGCAAAUCCUGCUUUGUGGCCAGCGGCCAAGAUGGGCGUAGCUACGCCAUACUUUGUCUCCAUGUUGAUGACGGGCUUUUAUUGGGUGACUUGAACGACCGCAGGGUCCAACGACUCAAAGAACAAAUCAAUGGUAUGUUCACCAUAAAAGCCUGGAAGGAAUUGUCUGCGGACACCCCACUCCAAUUUUUGGGUGUGGAUGUGACCCAAGAUGCCCGCGGCAUCUGUGACGACAUGUCCCAGUACAUCAAACAGAUUCGAAUCGAACCUUUGCAAGGAAGUGGAGAGCUGGGACCACGCGAGGUGACAUUGUACCGCCAAUUGGUCAUGCGUUUGCGCUGGCCGGCACAACAGGUGUUACCACAUCUCCUGUACCAGGUGUCCAACCUCGCACAAAGGGUCAACAAAGCUACGUAUGCUGACUAUCGUGAAGCGGUUAAACUUCACGGUCAGUUUUUGGAUGAAGUUGAAAAGGGCCGCGCCCGACUUUUAUACCCCAAGCUCAACGAGAAGGACAAGCUCUUCUACGUCAGCUACUUCGAUGCUUCGGUUGGGAAAGAACAGGACGGCAAAUCACAGCUUGGAGCCGUCCACUUUCUUACAACAGAGCAAGCUCGAAAAGGGCCAGCGCCAGCUUCAGUGAUCGAGUUCUCAACGAACAAAAGUGGUCGGGUGCUACGCAGCUCUAUGUCAGCGGAAAGCUGCUCUAUGAGUGGAUGUGUUGACCGACACCUAUAUGGGCGUCUGGUCAUUGACCGACUCCUUUUUGGAAAUCGACCCCUGGAUGCCAACUGGCGUACAUCGAUGGGCCUGGACGGUGGCGUUGUGACGGACGCCAAGAGUUUGUACGACCACCUCUCCACGACGGGCCAAUUGCCGACAGAGCGGCAAACAAUGCUCGAUUUGAUGGUGUCGCGACAUCAUUUGGAGAGUGGUGCCUAUGAGCUUUUCUGGGUACCUACGCAUAGGCAGUUUGCAGACUGCCUGACCAAAAAGAUGGUCUGCCUCCUGUGGCAGAGUUUCUGUCAAGUGCCACGCAUCUCCCUGCGUGAAACGCCGGAGGAGAAGGCACUGGAGGACCAUCGACGCAAGCUGCGUCAGGGCCAAAGGCAGCGCCGAAAGGCCAAAAUGAAGAAAGGCUGCGCCCCCGCACCGGCUGCGCCGGUUAAUUAA